AUGGAAGUCGCCACACGCCCCAGUCACGACGGCGCUCCGGAGUACAAAUGUACAUACUGUGAUCGCAUCAUGAAUCGAAAGAGCAAUAUGAAGCGACACAUCGCAUCAAUACACACAAAGGUGAAGCACUCUUCUUGCUGCAAUGCACAUUUCACCACCACGGCAGCCCUUCGUCUUCACCAGAAAACUGUGCACGAGAAUGGCUACGUCUGCCCUACUUGCGGCAGGACCUUUGAGAGGAAGGCGAGCCUUGAUAGGCACAUCUUUACACACACCACGGAAAAGCCUUUCAAGUGUGAGUCUUGUCCCUACAACACCUGCAGCAAGUUUAAUCUCAAGAGGCACGCCAGGCUGAAGCACUCCGCUCUGCCCCAGGUCCCUGUACCACAGCCAGAAAUCCAAGUCCCUGUACCCCAGCCUCGUCCCGAAGCACCAGAAGAGAACCAGCAGUAUUCCCAAGCACAGGAAGGACCGGCUCUUGCCUUGCACCAGGGAAUGCCAGAUACCCGAGAUAUUGCACACCGGCCAGUGGCUCCUCACCACGCAGUAGAGGAGAGCCUCCACCCUUUCAGAGAAGACCAGGCCCUAGUCACCACACGCUACGAUAUUCGACACCACAGCCAGGCCCUAGUCACCGCACGCUACGAGACCCAUCACCCCAGCCAGGCCCUAGUCACCACGCGCUACGAUACCAGUCACCCCAGCCAGACCCUAGUCACCGCACGCUACGAGACCCGUCACCCCAGCCAGGCCCUAGUCACCACACGCUACGAGACCCGUCACCCCAGCCAGACCCUAGUCACCACACGCUACGAGACCCGUCACCUCAGCCAGGCCUUAGUCAUUACACGCUACGAGACCCGACAGCCCAGCCAGGCCCCAGCUACCAUAGGACAGAGGAGAGUCAUCACGCCUUUGGGCACGUCUCACAGUGGCUUACCCCACCCGCAGAGGAGCUAG